AUGGAGGUAAACGCAGCGAUGACCAGCGGGAGACGGCAGCGGGCAGCACGUGGUCGAGGACCACGUGUAGGAACGCGGCUGCCGUUUCUUUAUCCUAGGAGGGACGUCCGAGUCCGCCGAAGGGCACCACCGCGCCGGCACCGCAGCCCGGUACUGCAACUGCUGGCUUCGCCGCUGGUCUCACCCCAGGCAACCAGGACUGGGUCCGAGUCGGACGACAGUCGACGGUGGAUGUACCCGGAGAGUCCGUCGGUGGGGUGGAACAGCGGCGACAGCGGCAGCGGGUUUUCGGACUGGGGCGCGGGCCCAAAAGUCUACGACCCUCGAGGCAGUCCAGGGCCGGUGGCGUGCCCCACGGGGUGGGCCCACGGACCGUGGCCAGAUGAGGACGACGCAAGCAGCGGAGACGGCAAGGCGACCGGCGGCGAGGACGACGAGGCGACCGGCGGCGAGGGCGGCAAAGCGACCGGCGGUGAGGCGACCGGCGGCGAGGAGACCGGUGGCAGAGACGGCGAUGCGACCGGCGGCGACGGCGACGCGACCGGCGGCGGAGACGGCGAGGAGACCGGUGGCAGAGACGGCGAUGCGACCGGCGGCGGAGACGGCGACGCGACCGGCGGCGGAGACGGCGACGCGACCGGCGGCGGAGACGACGGGCCAACCACGUGGCGGCCACCAAGAGCGCCGACACCACGGGGGCACCCGUUGUCGGAGUCAGAGGAGGAGGUGGUCAUCAUCUCGUCGGACGACGAGCAGGGGGCGGACGAUGGACAGCAGCAAGGAGCCCGAGGCCACUGGCAGGAACCGGUGUACCUGCAGUGGCAGACGUCGACGCCGGUGGGCGACUGGUGGUGUCAUAGGAAGGCGUUCCUGGUCCAGUGGAUGGACCCAUUUCCGCCGGGCACGCCGGACCCCCAUCAAGGUGCCACGAGGGACGGGCCGCCACCAGCAGCAGCACCGACCACAGCGGCAGAGGAGGCCGAGGAACCCCGGGAUCCAAGGCUCCGGAAGACGGCGACGACAGCGGCGAUGGACGUCGAACCGCCGGUGGACGCAGGGUGCACGGUGGGGCGGCCGCCGACGUCACCGUGGAGAACCUGGAGCGGGGUGAGUGGAAGUGGCCGGAUCCGGAACAGCAACGGCCGACGUUGCAGCGGCAACAGUCGAUGCCCGAGCGGCCGGUACAACGGCCGCCACCGCUGCAACGGCAGGCGUCGUGUCCAGCAGGCCGGCAGCGAUGGACGGAGGUCCAGCUGGAGGAUUGGCCGCACGAGGUCCACGCGGCAGUCCAACGCCAGCGGGGCAGGGCGAAGCGCCGGUGGUCGCAGCUGGUGUGGGCAGCAGGGCGGCGCUACCGCGUCCAAUGGGUCCAAGGGGGGAUCCGGGUCCUGA